AUGGAGGUAAACAGCGUUAGCAGUGAGGUCAAUGGACAUCAGAUCAUGGACGAGCCCAUGGAGGAGGGAGAGUCUUUCACGCACUGUGACGAGGAUGGUGCUUAUAAGGAGAUUCCCAUCACUCAUCACGUGAAAGAGGGCUGUGAAAAAGCCGAUCCCUCGCAGUUUGAGCUUCUUAAAGUCCUUGGCCAGGGCUCGUUUGGCAAGGUUUUUCUUGUGCGAAAGUUAAUAGGUCCUGAUGCUGGUCAAUUAUAUGCAAUGAAAGUUUUAAAAAAGGCAUCAUUGAAAGUCAGGGAUAGAGUUCGCACUAAAAUGGAACGAGACAUUUUAGUGGAAGUCAAUCAUCCCUUCAUUGUGAAGUUGCACUACGCCUUUCAGACAGAAGGGAAACUGUAUCUAAUACUGGACUUUCUCAGGGGAGGGGAUGUAUUCACUCGCUUAUCCAAAGAGGUUAUGUUUACAGAAGAAGAUGUGAAAUUCUACCUUGCAGAGCUGGCCCUAGCCCUCGACCACCUGCACAGUCUGGGCAUAGUUUACAGAGACCUCAAACCAGAAAACAUCUUACUUGAUGAAGCUGGACAUAUAAAACUAACAGACUUUGGUUUGAGUAAAGAAUCCGUGGACGCUGAUAAGAAAGCCUAUUCUUUCUGUGGUACUGUGGAGUAUAUGGCCCCUGAGGUGGUCAACAGGAGAGGACACACACAGAGCGCAGACUGGUGGUCACUCGGAGUUCUCAUGUUUGAGAUGUUAACAGGAACAUUACCGUUCCAAGGGAAAGACCGUAAUGAGACGAUGAAUAUGAUUCUCAAGGCUAAGUUGGGAAUGCCCCAGUUCCUCAGUUCGGAGGCCCAGAGUUUGCUGAGAAUGCUGUUCAAACGAAACCCAGCUAAUAGAUUAGGGGCCGGUCCAGAUGGCGUGGAGGAGAUCAAACGACACGCUUUCUUUUCUACUAUCGACUGGAACAAACUGUACAGAAGAGAGCUACAGCCUCCGUUCAAGCCUGCAGCAGGAAAACCAGACGACACGUUCUGCUUUGACCCAGAGUUCACUGCAAAAACGCCUAAAGACUCCCCGGGUAUACCUCCCAGUGCAAACGCUCACCAGCUCUUUAAAGGAUUCAGCUUCGUGGCUCCGGUGCCGAUGGACGAGAACAAGAGCUCGCCGCUGCUCAGCAUUCUGCCCAUCGUCCAGCUGCAUGGAGGCUCAACUAAGUUCUCCGACUUGUACGAGCUGCAAGAGGACAUCGGAGUCGGCUCGUAUUCCAUCUGCAAACGCUGUGUUCACAGAGUCACUGCCAUGGACUACGCUGUGAAGAUCAUUGACAAAAGUAAAAGAGACCCUUCUGAAGAGAUCGAAAUCCUGAUGCGAUACGGGCAGCAUCCAAACAUCAUCACACUGAAAGACGUGUACGACGAGGGCAGGUACGUUUACCUGGUGACGGAGCUGAUGAAAGGCGGAGAGCUGCUCGACAGAAUCCUCAGGCAGAAGUUCUUCUCCGAGCGCGAGGCCAGUGCAGUGCUCUACACCAUCACCAAGACUGUAGACUACCUCCACUGCCAAGGGGUGGUACACAGAGACUUGAAGCCGAGCAACAUCCUUUACAUGGACGACUCUGGGAACCCGGACUCGAUACGAAUCUGCGACUUUGGUUUCGCCAAACAGCUCCGUGGAGGAAACGGGCUGCUCCUCACGCCUUGUUACACUGCAAACUUUGUGGCGCCAGAGGUACUAAUGCGGCAAGGCUACGACGCAGCCUGCGACAUAUGGAGUUUGGGAGUCUUACUGUACACAAUGUUGGCUGGAUAUACGCCGUUUGCAAAUGGGCCAAAUGACACACCAGAGGAGAUUUUACUCCGAAUAGGAUCUGGCAAGUUUUCUUUGACGGGUGGCAACUGGGAUACUGUCUCAGACUCUUCGAAGGACCUUCUGUCUCAUAUGUUACACGUGGAUCCUCAUCAGCGUUACACAGCGGAGCAGGUGCUGAAACACUCGUGGAUCACCUGCAGAGACACGUUACCGCACUUCCAGCUCACGAGACACGACGCGCCGCAUUUAGUCAAGGGGGCGAUGGCUGCCACAUACUCCGCUCUGAGCCAGAAGACCAGUCAGCCCGUGUUGGAGCCCGUGGCCGCGUCCAGUUUAGCCCAGCGCCGCAGCAUGAAGAAGCUCACCUCCACUGACAUGUAG